GUUCCAGAUGUAAACAUUGAAAUUGAUCGAAUUUGGCCUGAACAAAGUCACUGCAAACACGUCAUCAUGUGAAGAAAAGUGUGUCACUUUUGUUAAGAAAGUAGAGUGCUCAUGAGAGAAGAAGAUGGGACAAAGUUUCACCAAAAGUGUUGUCCGAUUAUUCAAACCAAGAGAGGUCCGUGUACUGGUUUCUGGUUUAGAUGCUGCAGGAAAGACGCAGAUGCUCUACAAGUUAAAGCUUGGUGAAUGUAUCACAACCAUUCCUACUAUUGGUUUUAAUGUUGAGACGAUACCCUACAAGAAUUUGGCUUUUACUGUUUGGGAUGUUAGUGGAAGAGAUAAAUUGCGGCCUUUGUUGCGACACUAUUACCAAGGAACCGACAUCUGUAUCUUGGUCGUUGAUAGCAAUAACCGGGAACGUCUACAUGAGAGCCAUGAAAUACUCGGAGACUGGAUGAAUGGUGAUGAACUUCAGGAGGCCGUCUUUGUCGGGAUGGCAAAUAAGCAAGAUUUAAAAAAUGCCAUGUUUGCAUCAGAAAUGGAGACAAUGAUGAACAAAGGCUUACCUAGGCAUGUCAAAUUCUUUCCAACUACAGCCACAACGGGUGAAGGACUCUACGAGUGUCUCGAUUGGCUGGUUGAUGAGAUGAAUGGCAAACACACGCUUGACAUCGUAUCAGAACCCUGGAAAGAAGUCGCCAAGGACAUGAAAGAAGAUGGAAAAGCUGGCUACAAAAUCGUCUCAAGUACUCUGAAAACACUGCUGUAUACGUUUGAUUUGAACUCAAAAGUGUGACAUGUGAUUGUGACAAAAACAUUUUACUGUAAUUAAACAUUUUAUUAAGUACUGAUAUGGGAGUACAGUAAGCUUCGAUCUUCUUGCAGCAGUAUGGUAUUAUCAGUUCUGCGGUGCCUUACUUAAUGUGGACAAUCUGUCCUUCUUUUCAUCACUGUUUUAUUGCUGACCAUGUCCUUCUGUCUAUAUGAACAUGUAACUGAUUACUGCCAGAAGAAUGUAUGUUGUAUUUGUGUCAAAUUAUUGUUUUAUUGCAUUUGAAUUUUUGUAUCGAAUUGAUAAUAAACCUUUAUUGAUAACAAUC